AUGGCAUUGGUUAGAUUGCAGCUCUGGGAAAUGAUGGGUGAAGAUUGCAGGGGUGCCAUUCUAGGGAACUCAAUAUCAAUGGGUCAGCUUACUAUCAUCAAAGAAAGAGAGAAUGUAAUUCAGGCUGAUACUCUUUUGCGUAAAAAUGGUGAAACAGAGCCUUUAGAAUCAGAGUUUCCCAACCAUAAACAACUGAUGAGAUUUGACAGAGCACUGGAAAGUUUGACAGAAGCUGAUGACAUUCACCUGAGAGUUGCACUUGUCAAAUGGUCGAGGGGAAACAUUGGUCAACCUGCUAUCAGAAUUGCAAUUCAACAGGGGGAAGCCAUUUCCUGA